AUAUAUAAGAUAGAUAGAUAGAUAGAUAGAUAGAUGUAUAAAACUCAAUAAGUACACAUACAUACAAGCAAGCUGAGCGCUCAAAAUUGAUUGAUGAUGACAAUCAAAGAAUAUUGGAGGUGUGCUGUAGCGUUGGUCGCAUUCCUGAUAUUUAGUUUUGUUUAUUUGAGGAGCAUGAAACCUCGGAGGAAAAUCCCGAGGAAGUGGGCCGUGGUCGGAAUGUUGCCGGCGCUCAUUCACAAUGCUUACCGGAUCCAUGAAUUUUUCAAUGAUUUUCUGAAAGAGAGUGGAGGGACAUUUGAGUUUAAAGGACUUGUGUCGGGUACCUUGGACAUGAUCAUUACCUGCGACCCUGCUAACAUCCACCAUAUUCUCAGCCGAAACUUCUCCAACUAUCCCAAAGGACCUCAGUUUCGAGAAAUAUUUGAUAUUUUGGGAGACGGCAUUUUCAACGUGGAUUCCUUCUUGUGGGAGCUUCACCGUAAAACCACCCUCUCCUUCCUCAAUCAUGCCCACUUCCACACCUUGUUAGAGACCAAUAUUUGGCACAAGGUAGAGAAAGGGUUGUUGCCGGUUCUUGAUUGUUUUGCAGAGCAGGGAGUAGAGUUUGACUUGCAAGACAUAUUCCAGCGUUUCACGUUCGACUCAAUCUCUAAGUUGGUGCUGGACCAUGACCCGGGAAGCCUGUGCGUUGACUUGCCAUAUAUUCGUUGCGAGAAGGCCUUCAAUCCUAUGGUGGACGCCCUUUUGUACAGGCAUCUACUUCCGGAGAGCUACUGGAAAUUACAGAGAUGGCUGGGGAUUGGUAAAGAGAAGAAGCUUAUUCAAUCUUGGGAGGAUUUGGAUGAAUUCAUAUACCACAGCAUUAUUAGACUACGCCAAGCUGAGUCGAUCUCGGAGGACUUGAGCUUGUUCACCGCUUACGUAAAAACAUACGACGACGACAAGGAGCAACUACAGCAGGUGCUGAAUACUGGUUCACAGGAGAAGUUUUUGAGGGAUACUUUCUUGAAUUUAAUGCUUGCUGGGAGAGAUACAACCAGCUCAACUCUCACUUGGCUCUUCUACCUGCUUGCCAAGAACCCAUGGGUUCAGGCUCGGAUCCGCGACGAGAUUCAACACAAUCUAAAACAAGAAGACAAGGAAAGCAAGUUUUUGGGUUUUUUCAAGGCAGAAGAAUGCAAAAAGUUAGUGUAUCUGCACGGUGCUCUGUGUGAAACCCUGAGGCUAUUCCCGGCGGUGGCUAUUGAGCACAAAGUGUCAGCGGAGAUGGACGUCCUCCCUAGUGGACAUAUGGUCAAGCCCAACACCAGAAUUUUACUCUCAUUUUAUUCCACCGGAAGGAUGGAUGAAAUAUGGGGCGAAGAUUGCAUGGAAUUCAAGCCGGAGAGGUGGAUUUCCGACAGAGGAGGAAUCAAGCACCAGCCUUCCUACAAGUUUCCGGCAUUCAAUGCUGGAGCCAGGACUUGUUUAGGUAAGGACAUGGCUUUCAUUCAGAUGAAAAUGGUUGCCGCAACCAUCCUACAACGUUAUGACUUUCAACUGCACCUGGAUUCUCAUUCCGUUUCUCCUAGUGAUUCAAUCGUCAUUCAAGCUAAGAAUGGCUUAAAACUCAAAUUUACUAAACGAAAUACUACUGCAGCCUGACCAGACCACAAUCAUAUCAUGUUCGUAAGCAAGAAUACAUUGUUUACAUAUAUAUAUAGCUAGCUAGCUAGCUAGCGAAAAUAAAGCGGCCAUAUAUAUUUACGGCUAUAACAAUAACAAAUAAUGCUCCAUCUUUAAUUUGGUAACGUAACGUUAAUACCGGCCAUCAGAAUGGUCAUAUAUAUGAACUCUCAUUCGUUAAGUAAUGUCUAACUCUGUUAUUAGUCGUUCCCUAAAGCUACGCUAUGUUACACUAAUGUACUGGGAUUCACAUGUCUAAUAAUAUAUUCUAAAUAUUAAUUACCAAA